CAGGAAUACAAUUUUAAAGACAUCUUCUUAAAUUAAAAAUACACUUUAGCUUUGAAAAAUUCUUUGGAAUAGUUGAGCUCUCUGUGGAUUAUUGUUGUCUGCAAAAUCGUUAAUAUCAAGGAGAGCCCAUGUUAGAUAUCCGCUUUGGUGUUCUCAAAUCACCUGAUCUUGUCCCUUCUUUGAGAUCUGUCACUUUGAAAGAAGCCAUUAAAAUUCAGUCUUUACACUUUAUUGGGUCGUGCUCUAAACUUCGAGAUUCCAGCUUGGUUUCCUUCAGAACAGCUCUAAGCUGCUGAGUCCCUCCAUACUCGAUAUACCAAAUCACUUCAUUCGAUAUACAAACAUAUGCAAUAUGAGGGACACUGGUAACAUCUCUCAGUACCGAGAUAGAUUGGAUCAGACGCUGGCGUCUCAUGAUCUUGUAAACAAUGAUUUACUUAAGCCCCUUGUCAAGAAUCAAAUGCUACGCGCGUCAGAAUGUGAUCUUCAAGAAUGUAGUGAUGAUCUAGUAGAGAGAAGAACCAAGGAAGUGGCAAAUUUCCUGAGCAUGUUAAGGAGUGCAUCUGUAACUGAUGGUGAGAAGUCAAAAUCUUCUGAGGCAACACAUGGUGCUUGGAAAGUAAAACAAGAUACUGAAGAAUACCGUGUUAUGUAUCGAGAGGGACCAGAAGGCACUCCUUUUCAUACCCUCCUUGUUGAAGGCUAUGUAGAUGGCCCAGCAGAUGUUUGUUUAUGCAUCUCAUGGGGGGCAGAGCUCUACAAAAAAUGGUGGCCGCAAACCACAAUUCCUACAUUCAAGAUUGUAGCCUCCGAGUGCUUGCAGAAGGUCAGAGACGGUGAACAAAUAUGUCUAGUAAGGAUGAAGCUUUCGUGGCCGUUGUCAGCAAGGGAGGCCCUUAUACAUUUCUUUGUAUUUGAGUACUUUCAAGAUGGUCUGAUUGUAGUACUUGUAAAUUCGAUCUCUGACUUAGAUAGUGUUGAUAGAAGCACUCAUGGUUUUUCAAAAGAUGGAAUACCACUUCCACUGGAUGUAGUACGAAUUGAUGUGGUGGGAGGUUUUGCUAUCCAGAAAGUUACUGAUAAUCGUAGCUACUUCAGGACUAUAGCAAACAUGGAUAUCAAACUGGACUUUGUUCCUCCCUCAUUCAUCAAUUUUGUUUCAAGGCAGCUCGUAGGUGCUGGUUUCAAGCUUUAUAAAAAGGAAGUAGCUUCAGUAGUCAAAGGUGACGAAGAUUUCAGCAACGCUCUAAAAGAUCCACUAUAUGCUAGAGUACGGAAAGCUCUUUAUUCAGAUAAUAUAAGUAAUGGCAAUGCGGCUUUGGAACUGCUAGACCUAAAGAAAGAUGUCUGUCGGCUUGAUGAAGAGAAAAGAAAUGGCAAUGGGGCUUUAGAAUUGGAAGAGUUGAAGGAAGACACGUGUGUUAAUCUUGAUGAAGGGUCAAGUGAGACUUUGGGACUGCAAAAAGAGUUCAAGAAAGAUGCAUCUCUUCAACUUAAUGAACGGACAAGAGAUGACAAUGGUGCUUUAGAACUCCAAGACCCAAUAGGAGACGCCUAUGUUCACGUGGAUCAAGGAACACGGACAAAUGUUGAAGUCAAAAGACCAGAACAGAUGGUGCAAUCGGAUAAUGGUUUAAUUUGUUCGUCACAGCAGGACAACUUUGUGGCUGGAGAUAACAAAGGUCACAGCGAAAUUGAGGAAAUUAAUGAAGACACGAGUGAAAUGAUUGAAAGUUUAAAUGAGAAUGACAAGAAAGCGCACAAUUAUCCAGCUAAUCAAGUCGUGCACGUGCCUGCCAACAACAAGAAGGUUUUGAUUAGCUCUGAGGUCCGACAAGCUCUGGGAACUUUAGAGAAGGCUAUCUCUAUCAUAAGGGACUUUGGAUAUAAUUUGGAGAUUAGAUCUGUUCCCAGCAACACUACUGUUAAGUAUGUAGGUGUAGAGGAGGAUGGUCAGGAAAAUUCAAAAUCAUCAGAAACUGAUCGAAUUCAUGGAAGUGGCAGCGCUUGUGCUGAUUCACCAAAAAAAGAAUUGUCAGAGGCGACCCCUUACGAACACAGGAACAGCUCUUCUAGUCACAGUUCCAGGCGUACAAGUUCUAGUUUGUGCACGAGGGAAGCUACCCACAACAAGAAGAUUGCUCCUGCAUCACCAGAUGAUUAUGUUGAAACCUCGGGCGACACACACCAUACUGCUGUACGUACCUCAGUAGACCAAACAAAGGAAGAUAACGUCACGGCUGUCCAUGCAGAUAGCGUCCACGGAAAAGAGAAUGUUAAAAGGAAAAGAAAGCUACCAUUUUACUGCUGCUUGUAUUUUCUCCCAGGACAGGUCAUGGGUUGAGAAUGAGCAAUUUUGUUUAUAGGAAGGAAAAACCAUAGUGUUACCUGUUAUUACGGCUGUAAAAUUCUUAAUGAAAUUAAGGUCAAUACCAGAGUGUUCUGUACAAUACAAUGUAACUAACAUGGUCAUAUGUAUUAUACUGUAACUUUAUAUCCACGGUACCAGAUUUAUAAGAUCUAAUAUAAGAAAAGGAUAUAAGGCGGAGUGUUUUUUUU